AUGACCGAAUCUGGAUGCUGUUUCCACUAUGAGUGUCAAUGUAUCUGCUAUGGUUGGGGAGACCCUCACUAUGUCACCUUUGAUGGAACAUACUAUGGCUUCCAAGGAAAUUGUUCUUACGUCUUGGUCAAAGAAAUCCUGCCAAAGUACAACUUCAGUGUUGUAAUCGACAAUUACUAUUGUGAUGCCCCAGAUGGGCUUUCCUGUCCUCAGUCUCUGACAAUUUAUUAUCAAUCUUACGAGAUAUUCAUGACCAAGAAGGACGUUGAUGGAGUUUUCACAAGUCUGAUUGAUGUAAACCAGCAACGCAUCAUCCCAGCAUAUGAGACCAAGGACUUCCGCAUCACAGACAACGGAAUUGACACCCUUUUAGUCAUACCAGCAAUUAAUGCCAAGGUGUCUUUCACUGGUCUUAUGUUUAGCAUAUACCUGCCCUGGGACAAGUUCAGUGGCAACACUGAGGGACAGUGUGGGACAUGUGACAACAACCGGACAGAUGACUGUCGCUUGCCAAAUGGGACUAUCGAUUCAUCUUGUCCUGACAUGGCACACCAAUGGCAUGUUGCUGACCACAAUAACAGUCAUUGCACGCCACCACCACCAGAGCCGACACCACCACAACCAACGUGCAGCGAUCCACCUAUUUGUCAUCUCAUUCAAAGCGAGUAA